AAACAAAAAGCUAAACAUGUCACAUAUCUUUGGAAAGCUGAGAUUCUUGUGAUUCAAAUAAUGUAAACCAUUUAGGGGAACGAUCAACACAGAAGGUACAAUCAGUGUCUUUGUCAGACCACCAACAAUCAAAUAAACAACGACUAAACUGACGGAACUCACCUAUGAAGCCUCCCGAUUGCCCAAUGAUUCAUAAAAUUUCAACAAAAACGGUGUUGUUACACUGUAAAGGCUCCAGUCGAUCUAAUUCAAUGAAAUAUUUAGCCCAAAAAACAUUUAUAUAUCCAUAAACAUCCAUGGAAUGUGGUAGUGUCGUUUCAAGUUAGCCGAAAGAGCAAUCAAAUCUUCAAUGUUUUCUGCGGUGUAGCUUCUUUUCUAUUGUAAACAAUACGGAUUUGUUGAUGUCAAAAUGGCCGCUGACCCCUGCACUUUGAAUUGACACCUCAUUUGAACCAAUAGGUGAAUCUAAGGGGUGUCAUUAGGCAUCAAUAGCCAAGGAGCGACCUGGAUGACCAAUGACACCGCCCUCAAUUUGAUGGACAACAGAUCGAUCUAAUCGCAUCAGAAUUUGCACAUGACUGUCUUGUAUGAUAGCCAAUGAGCUUCUGAAAAGAUUAAUAUGCAGCUUUAGUGGGAAGAUUCAAUCUAUCAUGCAAAAAAGUCUGUGCGCAAAUUACUUUAGUGACACGUGCGCCCGUGCGUAAAGAGAGCGUUGUAGAGUUUACAAGUGAAAGUUAGCGUUGAGAGAUUAUACAGGUGAAAAAUGGCAAAAAGGAUGAUAAAAACAAAGUUUACACUUGACGAAGUUGUUGAAGAAUGUACUCGGCGUAACAGUGAUCAAUCAGAGGAUGACAUUUCAGACGAAGAGAGCGAUGUUUCAUCCAUUGACACGGUUGCAGAGGACCUGUUUUUGGAUGGCGGAGACGUCACUCUCGACAAGUAAGUAUUUUAUUUUAUUAUAUUAUAUACCAUAUUUUACUGUGUAUACUGAGUUAUGUGUUUUGAUGUGUUCCUGCAGAAGUGUAUAUUGUUUAUGCAUGGGUGUAACUUAUAUGUUUGCGUGCGUGCAUGUGUGUGUGCGCUCGUGCACUGGUGUAUAUGUCUGGUUGUGUGUGUGUGUCAGGUUGUUUGUGUGCAUGUGUUUCUGUUUAUAUAUGUGUGAGCAUGUAAAAAUAUAUCCAAAUGUUUUGUAAACAAUUUUCUCUUUGCAUUUUGGUAACACAGACAAUCAAAUGAAACGGAUGAAGACUGGGAGCCAAGCAGCAAAAAGCCAUAUACCAACAGGCAAGAUGACAGCACCUCAUCGGAAGAUAAGCCCCAAACCUCACCUACCCAGAGAGAUUCUGCCAGCAAAAGACCAAGAGGCAAAGGACGGGCUAGAGGAAGAGGCAAAGGACGGGCUAGAGGAAGAGGCAAAGGACGGGCUAGAGGAAGAGGGAGAACUGCCAGCACCAGUGGUCAAGCUGAGAUGUCAAUCCCCACAUCUGAAGAGAGAUGGAAUGAUGUUGAUGUUCCUGAUGUGACACCACCACAACCCACCUUCAGACCCACCAAAUCACCAGGCCCCCAGCUCAUACGUACAGCUAACUACACAGCUUUACAGCUUUUUCAACUUUUUUUUACAAACUCUGUGUUACUGACAAUAAUUAAAAACACCAAUGACUUUGGCUCAACUCAUCACUCAAAUCCCUCCAACCCAUGGAUUGACGUAACAGUGCAGGAUAUGCUGGCAUUCAUGGCCAUGGUAAUUUAUAUGGGUCUAAUAAAACUCCCGUCCAUAACUGAUUACUGGAGAGAAAGUCAUCUGUACAGCUUGCCGUUCCCUAAAACGCUUCUUACCGGAAAGAAGUUUCUCAGGAUCUGCCACUCCCUUCACCUCAGUAGCUUGGUGGAUGAUGCUGCUAACGAGCAGAGAAGAGGUACCUCAGAAUUUGAUCGUCUUUGCAAAAUCAAGCCACUAUACAGUGAGAUUAGGGAUGCAUGCAAAAUAAACUAUCACCCUGGCCAGGAAAUUUCAAUUGAUGAGCGGAUGGUUGCCUCUAAAGCGCGUAUCGGGAUUAAACAGUUCAUGAAAAAUAAGCCUUGUCGCUGGGGUUAUAAACUUUUCGUACUGGCGGACUCGAGCAAUGGGUACACAUGGGACUUUUUUGUGUAUGAAGGAAAGCUGCAGGGAAACAGUGGGAAAGGACUCAGUUAUGAGUCAGUAAUGGAGCUUGUUGACACACAGUUGCUUGGCACGGGUUACAAGCUCUUUGUUGACAAUUUUUAUACAAGUCCCUCCCUUUUCUGUGAUCUCCUUCAAAAGAGGAUCUGGGCAUGCGGAACGAUACGCACAAACAGAAUUGGUUUUCCAAAAACCAAAAUAAACACUCUGGUUUCGAAAUCUUUGCGUGGGAGCAUACGGUGGAUCAGAAAGGACUCCCUCCUCUUUGUGCAAUGGCGAGACACAAGGGAUGUUUUUAUGUGCACAACACUCCACACAGCCCAUGGGGGGACACUGUUCAGAGAAGAGUGAAAGAUGCAGAUGGGCACUGGGUUUUGAAGAACAUCUCUGUUCCACCAGCAGUGAAGGAGUACAACCGGUUCAUGGGUGGAGUGGAUCUUUCAGAUUCGCUGAUCAAUUAUUACAAAGUCAUCCACAAGACCCAGAGGUGGUAUAAGACAUUGUUUUAUCACUUUAUGGACAUUGCUAUUGUGAAUGCGUUCUUGCUUUACAAGGAUCUUACCAAAGGUAAAGGAGAGGUACCCAUGCACCAAAAGGCAUUCAGAGAGACACUUGUUGAGGAGCUGGCAGCAGCAGCAAAAAUUCCUGCUCCAUCGUCCACUCCACGCAGCAAACAUCACAAGCCUGUGCAUAUCACUGCACAUAGCACCAUGGGUCGUCUGAGGUGCAGACAGUGCCAAGCAAAGACACCAGUGAAGUGCUCCUCCUGUGACAUACCGUUGUGCUUUGUGCCAAAUCGUGAUUGUUACAAUGAGUGGCAUGAUGCCAAUAACUUGUAAAAUGUGUAAAUAGUUAUGGUCUUACAUAUUGACUUAUAUAUGGUUUUAUAUAAGGUCUUCAUUGAUAGAUAGAUAUAUGUGGUCUUAUGUUAACUUUUAAUACCAUAGCACUUGUUUUGUAUCUGUACACACUAUAACUUGUUUAUGCUUCAGUUACUAUGUGUCAGCAAUUACUGACAGUGAAUCUGGAUGAGAGAUUGAAUAGCACUUAGUGUAACCUUUCACUGGUGCCAAAAAUUAUGACUGUACAAUAAAGCAUUCAAAAAUAGCAGCAUUUUAUGUGUUAACAUUCAAUGUGCUUAAAAGGAGUCAUUUGGAGUCACCAAAUGGCCUUUUUUGGGAAGCGCCUAGAUAUAAACUUAGAAAAUUAGUGUUUUUACAUACACUUAUCUAAGGUAUUGUUAUCAAAUUUGAAACUACGCUUGCUAAGGCUUCGUUCUGUGAUCCCAAUGUGUCUUCAAGCUAAUA